AUGCAUCUCACAUCACUCCUCCUGCCCCUUCUAGGGCUCUUAGCUCAAACGACCCAGGUCAAUUCAGCCGCAGUCACCACCCAAAAACUCUCAAACCGCAUAGAAUGCCAACGCACAGCCCGUAAUUGUCCCAAAGGCACGAUCCUGGUCUCAGCAACCGACGCCCGUGCAAAGUACAAGACAGUCCAAAGUGCCAUUGACUCCUUACCCAACGACGAUACAACACAAACAAUUUUGAUCCUGGAAGGCAGUUACACUGAACAACUGAAUGUCACCCGCGCAGGACCCAUAACCAUCCUCGGUGAAACAAACUCGCCUACAGACGCCUCCAAGAACAAGGUGAAUAUCAAUUUUGCCGCCGCGAAUCAGGAUAGCACGGGUACCAUCGAUAAUAUCUGGUACAGCGUGCUGGUUGUGGCACCCACGCUGGAUGCGAGUCUUGUAGGAUCAGGAACGACUGGAUUUGCGGUCCCGGCUGAUACGCCAUUUGGUAACCGGGAUUUCAGGGUUUACAAUGUGGACUUCGACAAUGAUUUCGCUCCUUACACGGAUGGUCCAGCUGCGGCUUUGAUGUUUAGUCGUGCUAAUGGCGGUUUCUACUAUUGCGGAUUCUAUUCUUACCAGGAUACGAUCUACAUUGGCAAACUCGGAAAUGCCUACUUCUAUAAGAGCAUCAUCGCCGGCGAAACAGACUUCCUCUACGGCUUCGGCACUGCCUGGAUCCAAUCAUCAGAUAUCAAACUCCGAGGCUGCGGCGGCGGUCUAACAGCCUGGAAAGGAACCAACACCACCUUCGAAAACAAGUACGGGGUUUACGUUGUCGAUAGCAAUAUUGCUGCGGCGAAUUCGUCUAUCGCUCCGGACAUCAAAGGGAAAUGUUCGCUUGGUCGGCCGUGGAACUCUGAGCAUCGAUCUAUCUUUGCGGAUACAUGGGAGGAUGGAAGUAUCUUGCCUGCGGGUUAUACACACUGGAUUUCGAGUGGGGUUGACCGGUUUGAGAAGGGAAUUACACUUAUGGCGGAGUAUCAGGCUUAUGGGCCAGGUUUUAACCGGACAGGCAGGAUUGAGGGCGGGAUUGAUACUUUGCUUACGAAGAGUGGGUAUAAGGAGUACUCGACACCUGCACUUGUGUUCCAGGAUCAAGAAGGAGCAUUUGGGGAUGUAAGUUGGAUUGAUUGGGAAACUGUUGAAGGGAAAUGA